AUGCUGCGUUCCACGUCACACAUUGGAGGCAUCGGCGUCAGCGAUCGUGGUUCCGUCGAGAUGCCCACCACUCCACAAUCGGCCGUCGUCGAGGAGAAACGACUACAUCUGAUGAUUGACAACAGUCGAACAAGAACGAUCUCCUGCAGCCCAGUACCGGAUGGCUCAAUCAGCGCCGGAACAACGGUUUCCCAUCCGGGCUUCCCACUGAGCCAGCCGUCUAGUCCCAUUAUGGAUGACAACACACAUCCUCAACUAGUGCCCUCGCCAUGUACUGGCACACCACGUUCCGGUACCACUACACUGCUGAAUAGAACAAUAUCCGACGAGAGUUCAAACAGUUCAAACAGGUUUUUUAUGCUGAAGAAGGACUCGGAACGACGGCAUACACUUGCGCAAUUCAUGUCGGAUUACUCUGAACAGAUCAUUGACACCUGGAUGCGUGGGAUUAUCGCGUCAAUGGACAGUGCAGAAGUUGUG